CAGGCUGAGGAAGCCUGUUCUACAGCGUCAUCGUCAUUUCGUCUAGCUUUAUCACCUGGAAAAACCCACCAUCCACUCGUCUCCUUCCUCCGCCAUCGUUCCCGCGGCACCAUGGCCACGGCGACACCGCAGCAAUGCUGCCUUCCGGCCCGCGCGCUCCCUCCUCCCACCUCCGCUCCCCUGCGCCUACGCCACCUCACCAGAGCAGCCUCCUCCUUCCACUUCCCGGGCCGCCGCACGGCAACGGCAAGAAGGAGAGGAAGAGCCGCCUUCGCCUUCUCCCCCAGAUGCACGUUGGAGACGGGUGGCCCGGCCUUUGAUCCUCUAGGGCUCUACAGGGAGGACCCCUCCAGUUCUGAUUAUCAGUCUCCCUUCUUGACAUUUUUCGGUGUCCUCUCUCCAGUGUUCGGGAGCUCCAGUGGAUCCAGGAAAGAGAAGUCAUCCUAUGGCCGGGGAGCAGCAGCUGCAAUGGAGGACAGUACUAUUGAUUUUGGUGACUUCUUCAAGGGUCCUCUACCUGGGAAGUUUUUGAAGCUCCUUGGGUUUUUGGCAUUGUCUCGACUUGGUGUGUAUAUACCUUUGGGUGGAGUGAACCAGGCAGCUUUUGCUGGUAAUCUUGACCAGAACAGUCUGCUGGGCACUUUAGAUUCUUUUUCUGGUGGAGGUAUUGGCCGGCUUGGAAUAUGCUCCCUCGGCAUUGUUCCGUUCAUCAAUGCACAGAUUGUGUUUCAGCUCCUUACUCAGCUUUACCCGAAAUUGCAAGAGCUUCAGAAAAAAGAAGGGGAGGCAGGUAGAAAAAAGAUUCUUCAGUACACAAGAUAUGCAUCUGUUGGUUUUGCAAUUGCCCAGGCUAUCGGGCAAGUUCUUUUUCUUCGUCCUUAUGUUAAUGACUUCAGCACAGAAUGGGUACUAACAUCUGUGACUCUAUUGACACUUGGAUCGGUGUUCACAACUUUCCUUGGUGAAACAAUAUCUGAGUUGAAACUCGGGAAUGGAACAUCUCUUCUUAUAUUUACAAGUAUAAUAUCGUAUUUGCCUGCAUCAUUUGGAAGGACAGUUGCAGAGGGAUUUCAAGCAGGCAAUUAUGUUGGACUUCUCACAAUCAUAUUGUCAUUCUUUUUCUUAGUUCUUGGGAUUGUCUAUGUCCAGGAAGCUGAGAGAAAAAUACCACUCAACUAUGCUUCUCGAUACGGCAGUCGAACUGGAGGACCCCAACGUUCUGCAUAUCUACCUUUUAAGGUCAAUAGUUCUGGUGUCAUGCCUAUCAUAUUUUCUACAUCUUCAUUGGCUUUACCCGCUACUUUGGCACGUUUCACUGGCUUAGAUUUUCUUAAAAAGGCUGCCAUAGCCCUAACUCCAGGAGGUUCUUUUUACCUUCCAACUAAUGUAUUGCUUAUAGCCUUUUUCAACUACUAUUACACUUUUCUUCAAUUGGAUCCUGAUGAUCUUAGUGAGCAAUUGAAGCGAACAGGUUCUUAGUCGUAUCUCUGUCCUAGGAUCUGCCUUUCUCGCUGUACUAGCUGCUGGACCAUCUGUGGUUGAACAAAUCUCUCACUUGACAGCAUUUCGGGGAUUCGCUGGUACAUCAGUGCUCAUCCUUGUUGGAUGUGCAACCGACACGGCUCGGAAAGUUCAGACAGAAAUAAUUUCUCAGAAAUAUAAGGACAUCGAGUUCUAUGAUGUCAAAAGUUCUGACAAAUGAUUAUCUUCCAAACGUGUACUUCAAUAUAAUCUCAUACAAAUUUGGUAGUAUUUCAUUAUUCUUUUCCUUUUUCUCUUCUGUGUAUAUCAGUUAGAUCUCUUCUAGAGGAUCAGAGUUCGGAAAGCAUCAAAUAUGUAAAAGAUACUCUAUUGCUGUGGAAGCUAUACAAACUCAUGUAUAUUUC